UGUAGACGAAGUCAUACUUAUAUCAUUCUUAAUAUUUAAAAUUUGCGAUGAACACAUAUACAAUAAAGGAAGUCGUUUGUACUCAGGGAGAAUUUUACUGAUAAAGCUUAUAUUUAUGCCUAUACCAUCUUAUGAGGAUUAUAAGGCGGAAAUAUGAUCAAGACUGGGAGUUCCUCCUACGAUUUGACAGAAGUGUCGCUGCAUGAUGAGCACGAGUCCCCGGUCGUGCAUGCGAAAGACGUCCGCCGACUCAAGUUCCGGUUCUACGCCGCUCUUGGUGUGGCCGGCGUCAUCAUUCUGGGUCUUAUUAUUGGAGUCGCGGUCAAGGGCAAUGGAAAAGGUGGCGGCGGAGGAGGGGGAACUACUGUGACGCCAUCAAAUACUUAUAUGACGUCAAACCCGACGUCAAAGCCUACGUCUUCGAAAACCGCCAACCUAGGGAACCUUUCAGUCACUUGGGGCUCUGGCGUUAGUUUUAACAUUGCAGACAAAGGUCAAUGGUCCCACAAUGACGCUAAUAAAAGCACACCAUUGCUUUCUCCAACUAAUUGUUCUUCUACCAAUGCUGUAAUUUGUCUGGAAUGGGCCGAUGAUCGUCGAUUGAAAGUAUCCCGGAAGAAUGACGUCACUAACGAACAAAAUGCAUCGCUCUCCUGUUAUGACGUCGAGUGGACGGCUCUGAAAUGCGUCGGUCAAGUAUUAACCGACUGUUUCAACACAAGUGGUGCCCAUUGGUACGGCGGAUAUGAAGACCAUGAUCAGCAUUGGCCAUUUGAGAAGAACUCUAUGAAAGAAACAUCCUAUACAGGGAACGACCCAUUUCAUCCUGGCGUCAUUGGUAACAUUCUGGAGCGAUAUUUUGUCUCCUCAAAAGGGGUUGGCGUGUACGUAGAUAAUGACGUCCCAUUAUAUUUUAGCCUGAACUCGCCCCAAAAUGGUUUGAUGUGUUUCUCGGCAAAGUAUGAAUCAUAUCCGUACUUCAAUUUUACGGCGAUUACGACUUCGAUACAAACCAGACGAAAUUUCCCAAUGCUAGUGAUAUGAUACAAAAUAUUCACGAUCUCGGAUUCAACGUUUCCGUCUGGGUUCAUCCUUUCUUUGAUCCAAGAGGUGAAUCUUACAAAGAAGCAGAACAAAAACAUUACCUUUUGAGGCGAUUUGAUUCAGACUUCCCGGAAGUGACGUCAUGGUGGAACGGAAACGAUUCUGGCAUACUUGACGUCACGAACCCAAAUGCAA